AGAAAAAUGCUGCCUUCGCAAGAAGCCUCCAAAAUCUACCAUGACAACUACAUGCGUAACUCCAGGGCCAUCGGAGUGCUUUGGGCCAUCUUCACCAUCUGCUUGGCCAUCAUCACGGUGGUGGUGUUCACCCAGCCCUACUGGAUCGGAGACAGCGCCAACACGCCCCAAGCCGGACACUUCGGCUUGUUCCACUCCUGCGUGGACAACGGCAAGUCCACCCGUGAGCUCGUGUGUCACGGCAGUUUCUCCGACUUCGGUUCCAUCCCGUCCGGAGCCUUCAAGGUGGCCACCUUCUUCGUGCUGAUGUCCAUGGUGCUCAUCAUCAGCUGCAUCGGCUGCUUCACCCUCUUCUUCUUCUGCAACACCGCCACCGUCUACAAGACGUGCGCCUGGAUGCAGCUGCUCUGCGCCGUGUGUCUGGUGCUCGGCUGCUUGGUCUUCCCUCAUGGUUGGGACACGGAAACGAUCCAGGACAUGUGCGGUGAGGACACCGCUAAGUACACUCUGGGGAACUGCUCAGUGCGCUGGGCCUACAUCCUGGCUAUCAUCGGCAUCUUGGAUGCCCUCAUUCUGUCCUUUCUGGCCUUCGUGCUGGGAAAUCGACAGAGUGACUUCCUGCAGGAGGAACUCCAGUCUGAGAACAAAGAUUUCACUGUGCCGAGGCUCCACCUUGGCUCUGCUCUGCAGAUGGAUGGAAUUGAAAUUCGGGACAGUAAAGGUCCACGAUUUGCAGCCCAGCGGUUCCACUGAGAAGCGUAACUCCUCCUGCUGCUUCUCUGCAAUGAUCUUCAGGUUUUCUCCUCGUUUGUGGCUCAAAUGCUGAAGCUCAGCUGUUUGUCUGACUUCAUACACAGAAACUGUCUGACUGAAGAGAACAACCUCACCUUUGUAAAACUCUGGGAUAAAAUUCUUAAAAUAGAGCCUAAUGACCGUCAUGACGUUGUUCUAACAGCGAUUGUGAUGUGAUUUAUAACAAUAAUGCUUGCUGUAUUCUGUAGAAACAAAUCUUUUUAUUGGGGGGAGGGGGAGUACUUUCCAGGAUUAUUUUAAAAUGUGUAUGUGAAAGCACUCAAGUGCUACUUUAAAAAGGGGACAGUCUGACUUUUGUACAGCCACAGUGUGUUUUUUUUAAAGUCUUUUUAUGUCCUUUUUCAGCUCCACUUUGUAUUGAACAAGUUCUGACCCCAACAACGACCAGAAUUUACUGAAAGAUUGAUGGAAAUAAGAUGUUUCUUUGGAAACAGGGU